AUGGCACCGCAUCAUCAACGCUCAGAGUCGGAGGACUCCUACGAGCCCCGACCCAGUCGUCAGGAUGCAGACGGUGACUAUGGCUAUGACAGAAAGAAAAGAAGUCGACGUGGUAUCGAUGGGAAAUCGGACGAACUAACUCGGCGUCAUCGGAGAGGACGCGACCCCGGAGGCGGCCGCAAGCAGAUUCGCGGUCGGACCCGGACCCGGACCCGGAACAGGAGUCGGGGUGGCGACGAGUGGGAUAGGGACCGCGAACAUGCUCCACGAGCAAGCUACACCCGCAAGCCUCGGUACUCCUCCGGCCCUUCCUGCUGCGGCAUGCGGCGUAGCCGUCCAAGGAACGGGGGCAACAACGACGACGAGACCAGCGAGGAUGAUGACGAGUUCCGCCCUCGCCGCCUCCACUACCCUCGCCCCGACCCGACCACAAAGGGCCCCUCCGCCAACGGUGCCAACGCCAACACCAACACCAACACCAAACCCAACCCGAACAUCGGGAAUCAACGCCCCCAACCCCGGUCGAACACCAAACCCAACGCCAAGCCCAACGCCAAAACCGAGACCAGGGCCAAGCCCAAAACUACAGCCAAGGCCCAAAAAGCAGCGCAAUACGCCGCCCUCGGCACCGCCGUCCGCGUAGCCCUCCAGUCUGGCGCCCAAGCCGCCUACAAGUUGCGCAACCACCCGUCCCCCUGGCUCGGCGAGAAGGGCCUCCGUGUUGUCGCCGCCGCCGUGGUCCCCGGCAUCGUCGACGGCUACCUUGCCAGCCGCAAGGCCUCUUCCCGCUCGUCCUCGGCUGCUAAAUAGGGCGGCGGGAAGGGUUAUAAGGGGAGAAGAUACUGCCUAGUUGGACAGACCGAAGCGAUAGGUGGCCUUUGUCUCUUCUCCCUAUCAUGUAUUUUCCGUUUCCUCUUUCCCCCGUCUGCG